AUGGACUCUCUUUCAGGAGGCUCAUUGUCACUCAACAAGGGCUGUGCCCCUAAUGCUUCACAUUCUCCCAUCUUUUUGCUUCUUGGGUUCUCCAGAGCUAGAGUGCCCCCCAGUGUCCUCUUUCUCCUGUUCCUGGCUAUUUACCUGACCGCCAUGAUGGGAAACAGUACUCUUGCGCUGCUCAUCUCCCGGGUCCUGCCCCAGCUGCUGGCCCAUCUGGUCACUCAGACAGCCAUUCCUGCUGCCCGCUGCCUGGCCCAGUUCUGCUUCUUCUAUGCAGCUGGAGUUACAGACACCCUUGUUAUUUCUGUCAUGGCUCUGGAUCACUGCGUGGCCAUCUGUGACCCUCUGCACUACCAUUUGGUGAUGAACCGCCAACUCUGUGCCCACUUCCUGGCCUUUUGCUGGAUGGUGUCCGUGGUGCGCACCAUGCUGCACGUGGGACUCCUCUUGCCUCUCUACUGGGCUGGGGAUGACAAGGGCAACGUUUGCCUUCCCCACUUCUUCUGUGACCACCGACCACUUCUCAUAUGAGCCCCUUGCUCUGACAUCCAUCCCAAUGAACCGGCUGUAUUUUUGGAGGAGGGCUUCCUCAUGCUGGGCCCCUGUGCCCUCAUUGUACUAUCCUACGUCUGCACUGGGGCCACCAUCCUACGAUUGCCCUCAGUGGCUGGUUGCUGCCAUGCAGUCUCCACCUGCAUAUCCCAUCUCACCAUGGUUGGCUUUCUCUAUUGCACUAUCAUUUGGGUCUACUUCCAGCCUCCUUCCCAGAACUCUUGGGAUCAGGACAUGGUGGCUGCUGUGAUGUACACGGCCAUUAUGCCUUUGGCCAACCCUUUUGUGUACAGCGUCCACAACAAGGAUGUCAAGAGUGCACUCCAUAGGCUUCUUAGAGGAGGGAGGGUGGGCUCCUGA